AUGCGGCUGAAUGUUUGCGGCUCAAGCAGUUUUGAACCUUGUAUAGUGAUAGGCAGUUUGCUUCUUUACUUCUUUUGCGCCAUAGCCAUGUGGAAUCAGGUCAUUGUGACAUGGAUUAUGCCCAUGCUCAUUGCGAUGCCAAUGUGUGUUUGGAGUGGCAGGUCCGAGGAGGUUUGCGAAUCUGAGGAGGUGACCUUCCUGUCAAUGCAUCGCCGCUCUCUGGAAGACUGGCCCUAUCGCUGGGGCCACAUCCACAGCAAUUCGCGUUACUAUUCUCCGCCCACCACCACCACCACCACCACCACCACCACCACCACCACCUGCCUUCCGACUCCGGUUGACAUCCAAAAUUUUCAACCAGAUCUUCCGCAGACCAUUCCAGACAACACUUACCCGACUAAUCUGGAUGGCGAGUUAGUGCCCAGCGCAGCGCUUUGUGCGACCUUCGCACCGGACGGAGUCUGUGCAGCCGACAUUAUGAGUGUUACUUUGGGCAUUGAACACACUUGGCUAUCAGAUUUGAUCAUUUGGAUCGAGAGUCCGGCUGGGAAUGUCUCACGGCUCCUCCAAGGCAAUGGAGGCGCCAGCGAUUUGUUCUCCACCGAUCCAGUCACAUUUGUGAGCUGCGAGUGCUCCGGCAUCGGACAGGGCUUUCAGGUGUGA